GCUAGUUAACGACUGCAGCCAAUCUCACAGCAUCUGGCCAUACAUACCACUUGCUGUUAAGGCAUGACCGAAGGCAUGACCGCCUAAAUUGAGUGUAUAAUCUUCUGUACAUGAAUCGUUUCCAGAUACGUCUUGUAUGUGAGGCAGUCGUUGAUGUGUCGGCGAUCGGAUGUUCCUCCCCGUCGGGCAAGGUGACGGAAAGGCCGAUACGCGUAUUGGAGCAGACGGUUCGGCGUCUACAUCGGUGUUAUUGCAUCCUCUAGCGUGUCGUAUCAUUCCUCCGCAUAUAUAAUUCUACCCACCGUCGUAUGACUCGGAGUUACCCAACGAAUAAACUUUCUGGGUGCCAGCAGCUUGGUGGCAUUUUUUUGGGCAGCAUUCAGCUUUAUCGUAAUGCCCUCGAAACAUGGUAACGAGUUCGUCGUCCUGGGCGCAGGCGUCAUCGGCCUCUCCAGCGCCCUCGCCCUCCGCGAAGCCUACCCCUCCUCCGCCAUCACCGUCGUAGCAAAACACUUUCCCGGCGACCGCUCCAUCGAUUAUACAUCCCCUUGGGCCGGCGCAAACUGGUCCUCCAUGGCGACCGACAACGGCCCGCUGGAAGGUUACGAUCGCGUGACUUUCAAUCGCUUCGCGAAGAUGGUGGACGAGGGGCUAGGCGAUGUCGUGGGUGUGGGGCGGAUGGGACUGAGGGCGGUUUUCGACGCGGAGAUUGAGCAGGUGAACGUGUUGAGUCAGGGGACGGGAAAGAUUUGGUAUGAGGAGUUGGUGGGUGGGAUGAGAUUUUUGGAGGAGCGGGAGUUGCCUCAGGGUGCGGUGUUUGGUUUGGAUUUCAAGAGCACGUUUAGGUUGAACACGCAGGUCUAUUUAAACUGGCUACAGCAGCAGGCCAUCGAGAAGGGCAUCAAAACUGUGCGACGACAUUAUCCGUCCAUAAAAGCGAUUCUGGAAGACUACCCGAGCACGACGGCACUAGUAAACUGUUCAGCGCUCGGAUCGCUGCACCUGGAGGAUGUCAAAGAUACAAACUUGUAUCCUACCCGUGGACAGACGAUUCUGGUCGCUGAACCAAAAGUGCCCAUUGAACGCAUGUACCUGCGCACACCGAAGCGCGUCGAUCCAACGGUCGCUUAUGUUUUUCCCCGUCCCAACGGCGGUGGCGUCAUUCUCGGCGGCAGCAGACAAGACAACGACUGGUCCGCAGAGCCUGACAUGUCCCUCGCACAAACCAUCAUGCAGCGGUGUUGCUCGCUAUGCCCGGAGCUGGGCAAGCCAGAAGACUUGCAGGUCAUCUCGCACAAUGUGGGAUUGCGGCCGAGUAGGAAGGGUGGGCCGAGGAUCGAGGUCGAGAGGUGGGCGGAUGGGACGCCUGUUGUUCAUAACUAUGGGCAUGCAGGGGCCGGGUAUCAGAGUUCGUGGGGUACCGCAGAGAGGGUGGUCGAGCUGGUGGGCAAGGCAUUAGAAAAGAAGGCAAGGCUUUGAUGAGACGCAUUGCGAACUUUGAAAAGGGGGCUUGGCUACAGCAGUCCUAUCAGUUAUAGCAAAUCUCCGCCAUCCAUUUGUUGAAAGACUUGUGGCAGAUGACA